AUGCCAGCCCCAACCCCAACCCCACUUCCAUUCCCCCUCCCCACAAACCUCCCACCCCUCGAAACCCUCUACUUUCCCACUCCGAACCCUAACCCCGCUCAGCCUUACAUUCUCUUUAUCCCUGGAAACCCGGGUCUGGUAGGGUACUACGUAGCAUACCUUUCGGCUCUGAGCGCGCUCGCAAAGUUGCCCAUCCUCGCCCUCUCGCACAGCGGCUUCUGUCCGGGGCAGGCGUGCGCAAAGCCGACGCCCCCGGGGUAUUGGGGGCUGCGGGAUCAGGUCAGGCAUAAGGCCGAAAUCAUCCGAUGGUUGGCGGAGGAGAAGGGAUGGGAUAAGGUUUUGCUGAUGGGUCACUCCGUGGGCGGAUACGUGUUUAUGGAGGUGAUUCGGGAACUGGGAGGAGAGGGUGAGAAGGUUGAGGUUGUUGGGGGAGUGGGAUUGUUUCCUACCAUAGUCGAUAUUGGGAAGAGUCCUAGUGGACGGUUACUGACCGUAAGUGAUACCGCGCCGCCACCAGGGAGACGGAUAAUAGUGGGCGCUUCUAUUACUAUUCCCAACUUUUACCCUUUCCAUCCACAGCCGUCGUCCCGAAAAUCUGAUGCUUCCCGCUGUACCGAGUAGUCCAUCCUGUCCUACGUCCCACCUCUCCCCUCCAUCGCUGCGACGGCCGCUCGAGCUCUCACCCUCCUCCCAGCCCCAGUCCUCGAUACCAUCCUGAAAGCGGUAACCCGCCAGCCACCUUCCGCCGCUAGCGUCACAGGUACGUUCCUCACCGCCCCCGGGAUGGUUUUCCAAGCCCUGGAGCUAGCGCGAGAAGAAGUGGAAACCAUCACGGAGGACGCAUGGGGUGAGGAGAUAUGGGGGUGCGAUGAUACACCCCUUGUGUUUUAUUUUGGAAGAAACGUAACCACGAGUCGCUCCCUCCACGAAGGUGGUACGGACGCUGAUUCGAUACAGGACCACUGGGUUGCGGAAGAGACGAGGGAGAAACUGCUCGAAGCCAGAGGUACCGGCGUGAGAAUGGUUGUUUGUGAGGACGGGCUACCCCACGGGUUUUGCAUUUGUGAGUUUCAAGCCUUGCUCCCAAUGCAAAGUGCCCCGCUGACGCCGUCUUGGGAAUAGCGCAUGGGGAGAUUAUGGCCGAGAAAGCCGCUGCCUGGGUUAAUGAGAUGGCUGCAAAGGGAAACCCGGGAGGCUCCCUUGGAGAAGGGCCACACCGGACAGGACCAUAGCACGAUACGGAUAUAAUAGUUUGCGUUGGACAUCAAUUUUGCGAGUGAGAUUACAUGAUUUAGAGAGAUAGCUUAGAGGGGGAUGAUUGAUGUUUUUAAGAGGGCAUCGUAUGGGUAUUUCGGAUAUCGAUGCAAGAGCUCAGGGUGUGAUAGCUUUUCCUCUCCCUUUUUCCCCUUGUUUUUUCCCUCUUUUCCCCUUGGAUAGAAAGCAUACAUCAUUGCUGCUCGGGGUACGGCAGCAGCACAUCACGGUAUAAUGUCAUAUUUGCACCAUAGUGCCUCUUGACGCCCACCCGUGAAUUCGCAACCGCCAAUCAUUACCUCCCUCCGUGGAAAGCCCCAGUCCGGCAUUAGCCGAGAAGUGCGCGACGAGCAGCUGACCUGGCUACCCAUUUCCCCGGUCCACAAGAACCCUGGCACUUCCCUCCCGAGGUUCGAGGGGAUAUGAUGAUCGAGCGUAUGAUAAUACGGUACGACACAGUACUAGUACGAGUACUGUAGGGCUAGUGCUUUACCUAUACAAGUACUAUAACCCUUCCUCCUCUCCCAAGGGGAUUCACAUAUCAUACCGGUACCAAUAUUCCCUAGACUGCGCUCACUCUCCUGUCUCCUCUCGUGUCUAUAGAGGAAAAAGGAAAACUGCAGAUCGUCCGAGGGACCAGAGUCACGCUGCACCUGUUUUGUCCUAUUCCUUCCACCCAAAGAAAAGUCUUGGCAGCCGUCAGGCGCGUCCGUGCAUCAGAAGCUGAACCUCGGCACAGUUUUGUUGCUCGGCUGGCUGAGAUUCCAGCACUUGACCCGCUUUUUAUGACGAACUUCUGUGGCCAUGAUACAAAUAAACUCACCGCCAUAGCUUAUGAUAGGGCCCCGACUGAGGGUUGC